UGACGUCACUGCGGGAACACGUGUGUAAUGGCUGCGUGCAAACGGGACGUUUAACAUCUGCGUCUUAAACUCAGCUGAGACACAAAACAAGAUGGAGGGGAAGCUGCAGCGGUGGGAGGAGCCGGCGGACUCGAAGCAGAGGAGGAAGAUGAAGAGCGGUGAUGAUGAAAGUUCUGAUGAGGAGAAGAACUUCACUCUGCUCACUGAGAGACGAGGAAGAGGAGAGACUGAGGAAGAACAGAGACACAACAGAGGAGAGGAGGAGGAGGAACUCAGUGAUGAGGGAAAGGAAGACGAGUCUGGAGAAGAGGAGUCGUCUGACGGAGGUGAAGAAGAUGAGGAUGAAGAAGAAGAAGAUGAUGUUGGUGGCAGUAAAAUCCAGACGAGAGAGGAUAUUAAAAAAGAAUUGUCCAACAUGUCGUUUGAAGACGUCAUGAAGCUGCAGAACAAAGUCGGAACCAAAGUUUACAACGAGGUCACUUACGGCAACAGAGAGAAACCCAAGAGCGGCGAGAAGAGACGACUGAACAAGAACAGACCGAUGGAGAUUUCAGCCAAGAGACGGGCGCCGUUUCUCCGCCAGGUUGUGGCCGUCAGGAAACCGACGCUGAGAGAUCCUCGAUUUGACGACUUGUCAGGAGAAUACAAGCCGGAGAUCUUUGAGAAGACGUACAAGUUCAUUGACAACCUCAAACAGAGAGAGAAAGAGGUCGUCCAGAAGCAGCUGAAGAAGAAGAAGAUGAGUGAUGACAAGAAGGAGAAACUUCAGUUCCUCCUGAAGAGGAUGGAGAACCAGGAGCGGGCGAGGAAGAGCCGAGAGCAGCAGAGAGAGAGAGAGCUGCAGUUCAAGAGGCAGCAGAGAGAGCGAGCCAAUCAGGGAGCUCAACCCUUCUUCCUUAAGAACUCGGAGAAGAAGAAGCUGCAGCUGGCGGAGAAAUACCAGGAGCUGAAGAAGAGUGGGAAACUGCAGAACUUCCUGAGUAAGAAGAGGAAGAGGAACGCUGGGAAAGAUCGCAGGAAGCUGCCGCCGCAAAACGCCAAGACUUCGUGAAAAAACCUGUGAGCGUGUCGGCUGCAGCCUGUAAUGACUCAUUUCUGCCUGCAGGGGCUCCUGUAGUUUCAACGACUGUGGGGUCAACAAUCUUUAGUUUGACAAAAUAAUUUCAGCUGUUUUCAGACAUGAAGAGUUUUUCCCAGAUGAAGAAGAAGCAGAGUGGGAACUCCCUCCUGCCGGGUUUGGACAAAGAUUUUAAAAAUGUAUUCGGGACAUUCACGAGCCUGAAAAUAUGGAUCUGUGAGAUCCGGUGUAGACUCCUCCUCUUCACGCUGAGAUGUUUGUGUUCCUCCUGGUUCACGUCCACUCGCUCUCUGGGAAGCUUCCACACAUUGUUCUGUUUGUUUUAUCAAACUCAUCAAGAAUAAACUUUAACCCUCGGUGUUAAA